GUUUCUCUCCUCUUCUGAUUUUCUCCCCCAAAUCAAAAGGUUUGCGUUUUUAGGGUUUCUCUGUGUGUGGCCACCAAACCAUGACGGGGAAGGCGAAGCCGAAGAAGCACACGGCCAAGGAGAUCCAGGCCAAGAUCGACGCUGCCACUACCAAUCGCGGCGGCGGGAAGGCCGGAAUCGCUGACAGGACCGGGCAGGACAAAGGCGGACACGCCAAGUACGAGUGCCCCCACUGCAAGAUCACUGCGCCUGACGUCAAGACGAUGCAGAUUCACCACGACUCUAAGCAUCCUAAGCUUGCCUUUGACGAGGCGGCGAUUGUCAACCGUCACGCCAGCACCAGCACCAGCCAAGCCGCCGUCGCUGAGAAGCCCAGGCCCGGUGUUCGCGGCAGCCUCAAGAAAUAAGACCAAUCUCUGAGAUUGGUCUUCGAGUUUGGAUAUAUGGCUGGGUUGUUGUUUUCAUUCCUCUUGUCUUUUUCUGUUUCUUGGGGGUUUAGAUUGUUGGGUGUGGGAAUAGUGCUCAUGGUUAUGAACAUGAUGAUGAUGAUGUAUAUUAGUUCUCUUAUGCCUAGCCUAUGAUAAUCAAGAAUCAAGAUGAUGAUGAUUAAUGUUUUAGCUUCUUUAAUCUCAA